GAGAGGAAAAAAAUGGAGGGCAUCUACAGAGACCCCAGCGCAGCAAUCGAAGCCAGAAUCAAAGACCUUCUCUCGAGGAUGACACUGAGGGAAAAGAUCGGGCAGAUGACCCAAAUCGAGCGCACUGUGGCCACUCCCUCUGCCAUUACAGAUUUCUCCAUCGGGAGCAUUCUCAAUGGCGGCGGCAGCUGGCCAUUUCAUAACGCCUUGUCGUCGGAUUGGGCCGACAUGGUCGACUGGUUCCAGAAGUCGGCGCUAGAGUCGCGUCUUGGAAUUCCGAUUAUAUAUGGAAGUGAUGCUGUUCAUGGGAAUAACAAUGUUUAUGGCGCUACCAUUUUUCCUCACAAUGUUGGCCUCGGGGCCACCAGAGAUGCUGCUUUGGUAAGAAGGAUUGGGACAGUAACAGCUCUAGAGGUUAGGGCGAGUGGGGUUAACUAUGCAUUUGCUCCUUGUGUUGCUGUAUCGAGAGAUCCCAGAUGGGGAAGGUGCUAUGAGAGUUACAGUGAAGAUACUGACGUUGUUAGACAAAUGACUUCCUUAGUUGAAGGCUUGCAGGGGAAGCUGCCUGAAGGAUACUCAGAGGGGUAUCCAUUUGUAGCCGGAAGAAAUAAUGUUAUUGCAUGUGCAAAACAUUUUGUUGGAGAUGGGGGGACUCAUAAUGGUGUGAAUGAAGGAAAUACCAUUUCAUCUUAUGAUGACUUGGAGAGGAUCCAUAUGGCUCCUUACCUGGACUGUAUUGCUCAAGGAGUUUCCACUGUUAUGGCAUCCUAUUCAAGCUGGAAUGGAGGUCCGCUGCAUGCUGAUCGUUUUCUGCUGACAGACGUUUUAAAAAAUAAGCUCGGGUUUAAGGGUUUUGUGAUAUCURACUGGGAAGCACUUGAUCGUCUUAGUGAACCAAGAGGUUCAAACUAUCGGUCUUGCAUUUCAUCUGCAAUUAAUGCUGGAAUAGACAUGGUGAUGGUGCCCUUCAGAUACGAACUAUUUAUCAACGACUUGCUAUAUCUGGUUGAAUCUAAGGAGGUUCCAAUGGCUAGAAUCGAUGAUGCUGUUGAACGAAUAUUAAGAGUGAAGUUUGUUUCGGGUGUUUUUGAACAUCCUUUCAGUGAUAGAUCAUUGCUGGAUCUCGUUGGUUGCCAGCUUCACCGAGAUGUAGCGAGAGAAGCUGUUCGGAAGUCGUUGGUUCUAUUGAAAAAUGGAGAAAAUCCAACGAAACCCUUUCUUCCAUUAGACAGGAAAGCCAAGAAGAUUCUUGUUGCUGGUUCACAUGCUGAUGAUCUUGGAUUUCAGUGUGGAGGGUGGACAGCUACUUGGAAUGGGACGACCGGCAGAAUCACAGUUGGUACCACCAUCUUAGAUGCAAUCAAAGAAGCAGUUGGAGACCAAACAGAAGUUAUAUAUGAACAAUAUCCAUCAGCAGACACUUUAAAUGAUAAGGAUAUAUCUUAUGCUAUUGUGGCUGUUGGUGAAAGUCCAUAUGCCGAGUUCGCUGGCGAUGACUCCGAGCUCAUUAUACCCUUAAAUGGAAAUGACGUCGUAAAAGCAGUGGCUGACAGAAUCCCCACACUGAUGAUUCUAAUAUCUGGGAGACCCUUAGUUUUGGAGCCAACAGUACUGGAGAAAGUAGAAGCUCUCAUUGCUGCUUGGCUUCCUGGAAGCGAAAGAAGCAGAAUCACAGACGUUAUCUUUGGAGAUUACAAUUUCACCGGUCGUUUACCCGUUACAUGGUUUAAAACGGUCGAGCAACUGCCAGUCCAUGCAGAGAAUAAUUUGCAGGAUUCGCUAUUUCCUUUCGGCUUCGGGCUAUCAUAUGGUGAAGAAAGCUCUUCUGCGUGAUCACAUAAGCUUGGACUCAUGAACAGAUUUGGAUCCACAGAGCUGAUGAAGAAAUUGACUGUCCCUCCUUGUCCUUAAUAUAGGUAAGGUUCAUCCAAAUCUUUCCACUCUUAUCCCCAUUGUUGAACUAUGUAUUUGUGCUUACAGUUUAUGGGAAAGUUUGGAUUGUAUGCCUUGUCUUUAUGUUGUGCUGUUAUAUUUCACCAAAUGUACUGGCUCAGAUCUAUGAGAAUAA